AUGCCCUGGAAAAGCCACGCCUUAGCCAGCCGCUUCCUGCUCGGCCCAAUUAUCGCCCUUCAGUGGAUUCUACUGUCCCAGGGACAAAAAGGCAGAGGCGAGCUGCGGGAGACGAUGAAGUCGUUCGUCGUGAUCCUUCUUUGUGUACUCCUGUGUGCCGACCAAGUUCACUCGCUCGUGUGCUUCUCGUGCGAAAGGCAACGUCGGAACUGGAGAUGUUUGAAGCCUACCAAGUGCUCGUCGGAGGACAACUUCUGUGUGACCACCGUUAGCACUUAUGGGAUGACUUUCCUGACCCGCAGAAGGAGAAUCUCCAAGAGGUGUUCGCCAACUUGCCCGUCUUUCAACAUAAACCUGGGCUUCGCUUCCUACUCCGCCACCUGUUGCCAACAUUUCUUAUGUAAUCUUUGGGGAUACAGAAGGUGGAGACGACAGUGA